UUAUAGAAAGUCUUAUAAAAAUGAGAAUUAAAACAACACUCGUCAGUGUUAUGAAGAGAGAACCUUGAAGAGGCUCUAAAAUUGGCGCUCUGAUCAUUCUAUGCAUAAUGAUUGGAUCUGCUUGCUCCCAGCUCUGAACAGCUGGUCAAUAUGAUGAUGGAUUUGGUGCAUGACUUGGAUGAACUAGCGGCAACUUCUGACCAGGUGAUGACACAAUGCAGCCUUGUACUGCUGGGCAUGUUAGUUCAGCCAAUGCAGUUUCGUGUACCCAAUGCACCGGAGGCACACACGCAAAUACAGGACAAACUAAUUGUGAUCCUUGAGCUUCUGGUCAUGUUAGUGGAAACGGAGCAUCAGCUUGUACUCAAUGACUUGCUGGUACCUUUGCUAAUGCUUUGAAGACAAAUUGAGAUGCAUGUUCUGCAGGACACAUCAGUAGUGUUGGCCAGGAUUCUUGCACUGCAUGAGGAAGUGGGACAUUUGCUAAUACUGCGAAGACAGCAUGCACUUCAUGCUCAUCUGGAGAAGUAAGCGCUGGGAGUGUAGAUUCUUGCACUCAAUGAACAGCGGGGACAUAUGCAAAUGCUGCCCAAACCUCUUGUGAUACUUGAGGCUCAGGAACUAUCAGUGGAAACGGUGCCUCAAGCUGAUCAACAUGAGCAGCAGGAAGUUAUGCAAAUGCGGGGAAAACUAGCUGAGUUGCUUGUCCAACAGGUGAAGUUAGUGGGUCCGGGCAAGAUUCAUGAAACGCUUGAACUAGUGGAACUUUCGCUAAUGCUCAUUUAACUUGAGAUACUUGAGCAGCAGGUUCCAUAAGCUCAGGAGCAGUCGAUUCAUGCACAGUUUGUUCAGGAGGCACAUUUGAGAAUUCCCAUUUAACUUGAGACUCCUGACCAGCAGGAGAAGUAAGCUCUUCUGGUGCAACCUCAUGUACUCAAUGACUAGCAGGAACUGCUACAAAUGCUGGGCAAACAAGUUGAGAUAUCUGAGAUAAUGGAAAAUACUCACCAUCUAAUGGAGCAACUUCUUGCUCAACAUGUGCAACAGGUUUUAACAGUCCUUCCUAUUGAGACCCAAUCUGAGGAGAUGGACUGAAAGUUGCAGGAGAAGCUUGAGACGAUAAUGAUACUGACGGCACAUCAGGUUGUAACGCAGAUUGAUCAGCGGAGGUUAGCGGCUGGCACUGCUCUGGAGGAUCACCUUCAGCUGCAGAUACAUGAAACGAGGAAUGUAAUGAUGGGGUCAUAACAGUUAGUGAAGAGUGAGAAGAUGGAGAUUUAGAUGACGGAGAUGGCUGAGAUAGCUCAUGACAAGUUGAGACUGGAUAUAGCUGAGUGCUAACAGGAGGAACUCCACCUUCUAGCUGAUCAGAAAUAUGAGGAGAUUCAAAGAAGGUAGGAUCAGAGUUCUGAGAUGAUGGAAAUAAAAGUGAUGCUGAUAAAUGAAACAGCUCUUGUACAGGAAAUGUCAAUGGAUGGCACUGUACAGGAGGAGAUGUAAACAAUCCUUCUACAUGAGAAGAGCAAUGAAAUGAUGGCUAUAUCACAGUCAGUGAGGAAUGAGAAGAUGGUAAUAAAGUCACAGGGGACGGAUGCUCAGAUACAUGAUUGAUAGAAACAGGUUAUGUCUGCUCUCUUACAGGAGGAACUCCUCCUUCAAGCUGAUCUGAAGAUUGUGGGGAUGGUAAAAAGGUAGGAAACGAAGUCUGUGACGACGGUAACCAAAGCGAUGCUGAUAAAUGAAACAGUACCUGUACAGGAAGCAUUGUUGGUUGGACAUGAACAGGAGGAAGUGUCUCUAGUGCCUCAACCUGAGUCACAACUUGUAAUGACGGAUAUAUUGCAGGGGCAGAACAGUGAGAAGAUGGCAAUACUACACCAAAUGAUGGAUGAGAUGCAAACUGUCAAACUGAACACCAAUGGGACUGAACUAACAAUGUAGCCUUAACCUCUACAACUUGAACUCCGAUAUGAGGUGAUGGAUAUAGAGUUGGCAGUGAAACUUGUGAUGAUGGGAACAAAAGCGAUGCUGAUAAAUGAAACAGCACUUGUGAUGGAUUUGUAGAUGGAUGGACAUGCACAGGCGGAGAUGGUUCAAAUCCUUCAACUUGUGUUACAACUUGUGAUGAUGGAUUUAUUGCAGGCACAGAAACAUGUGAAGAUGGAAACAAAACUUCAGGAGAUGGAUGAGAUGCCUCAUGUAUGAGAGAAACUGGUUGGAAUUGAGUAGACAAUGCUGCUAAAACCUCAACUACAUGAACAGCUAUUUGAGGAGAUGGCUUAAAGAUGCCAACAGAAGCAUGAGAUGACGGAGAUAACUCUGGAUUGACUAAAUGAAAAUCAGACUGAACUGGGUUUGUUGAUGGAUGGUAUUGAACAGGAGGGACCCCGACACAAGCAGAUACAUGAACUACUCAAUGCGAUGAUGGCUAUAUUGCAGGAACUGAGGAAUGAGAAGAUGGUAACAAAACUGAUUGGGAUGGAUGUGACAGCACUUGUAUGGUAGAAACCGGUUGGAAUUGAAACAAUAACGUUGCUCUCACCUCAUCAUCAUGAGAUCCUAUUUGUGGUGACGGGUUAAAGAUGCCUGGUGAACAAUGUGAUGAUGGCGAUCUUACAGAUAAUAAUGGAUGCAGCCAGACAUGCACCAUUGAGGCUGGAUAUACCUGAUCAGGAGGAACAACUGGAAGUCAAGAUACAUGCACUCAGUGCUCUAGGGGAACAGCUUCCCCUGCAGGGGCUAAUACUUGUUCUACUUGUGUUGUUGGCUCUGUAAGUGUGGCAGGAAGUGCAGCCUGCACACAAUGACUUGGAGGUACUUAUGCUGAUACUAAUAAUGAAUUUUGAGCUACCUGACCUGCUGGUACUUAUUCAUCAGAUUCAGCAACCUCUUGCACAAAUUGUAACUCAGGCUACAUUAGUUCAGCAGGAUCAAGCACUUGUUCUAUAUGUCCUGGUGGUACUUACAGUGAUGCUCUUAACAGAAAUUGAUUGACAUGCUCAGCAGGUACUUAUUCAGUUGCUGGAUCAGGCUCAUGCACAUCUUGAAGUGCAGGUUUCAUCAGUUCAGCUGGCAAAUCCUCCUGAUCAAUAUGUCCAGCAGGAACAAGAAGCUCAGCAAAUCACAAAAACUGCAUUGACUGAACUGCUGAUACCUUUUCAUUAGGAGGAACAGACACCUGAACUCCUUGCAUCACUGGUGAAACCAGUGGGACUAGAGCUUCAGAUUGUGUUCCAAUCUGAGGGGAUAGCAUCAGAGUUGGUGAAGAAGUCUGUGACGAUGGGAACCAGAACAGCGGAGACGGCUGAGAAUCAAACUGAAUGAGCCUCAGCUUCGGAUAUCAAUGUGUUGGAGGAACUCCAACAUCGAUCGAUGUCUGAUCUCCCAUCUGUGGAGACGGCUUCAGAAUUGGUGUCGAAGAAUGAGAUGAUAACAAUGCAGGAGGAGGAGACGGAUGAAGCGCUUCUUGUACAAUAGAGACAGGAUAUGCGUGACAAGGAGGGAGUCCAUCUUCAAAAGAUACCUGAUAUGUUUUCUGUAGUGAUGGUUUCUUCAUCAAUCCUCCUGAAGAAUGCGAUGAUGGCAAUGUUUAUGAUAACGACGGUUGAAGCAGUUUAUGUAAAGUUGAACCAGAAUGGAUUUGUGAGGAUGAUGGCGACUGGCUAACUCCUCAUGUUUGAGUUCCAAAAUGAGGAAAUGGGAAGAGGACUGUUGAUGAAGAAUGAGAUGACGGAAAUACAUUUAAUAAUGAUGGAUGAGAUUCUGACUGCAAGUUUGAAAAUGGAUUCAUUUGCUCUGGAGGCUCUACAACCACUCCUGAUAGUUGCAUCGAAAAUCAAUUCAUGCCAAUAGCAAAUUUGACGGUGCAGAACUCCAACGACCUAACUUUGGCUUUCAAUGACUCAAUUGAGAUGAAUAGUAUAUCUCAGGAUUCUCUUCAAUUGAGAAUAUAUGGAAAAGAGCCAGUCUAUAAUCUGACAUGGACAGCAAGUUUCACAUCAACCUCCACUGUUUUAAUAAACACUGAUAUUACUACUAAACUUUUAGGAAGUCAACAAGAAAUAGUAGUUGUAGAGUUCUUAAUCCCAGACAGUUUUAAAAGCGUAUUCUCUGGAAGAGGUUCUAACCCUGAUUCUAAUAUGACUGGGUUCUUAUUCCAAAACAAUGUGAGUGCAAGCUCAGACUCAUUAGGGCAGACUGCUAUGAUCCUGUUUCUUUUCUCCCUAUUCAUAGCAGGAGUGUCCUCUUUUGGAGGAAAUUCAAUGGAGAUGACAUGGAAUCUGAUGAACACUCUACAAAUUUUGUUCUAUCUAUCAUAUGUGUACGUAAACUAUCCUACGCAUCUGACCGAGUUCUUUAAGUACCUGAAAUAUGCAAAUGCAGAGAAUCAGUAUAUUGCUGCACUGACAUUCAUGGUUAUACCUGAAGAGGAAUUUUCAAGAGGCUCUGCAAAUGAUAGACUAGAUGAUAAAGCAUUUAUCAUUAAUUCAGCAGAUAAGAUUCCUAUAUUGUUCUUAGUAGUCGUGGCCUUUGUAGUUGGUUUUAUUAUCUCCAAGGUUUCAAGCAAUUUUUACAAGAACAAAUCUCGGUUCAACUUCUAUAUACGAUUCGGUAUGGAGAUGUUCUUAGAGCUAACCAUCAACAGUCUAAUGAACAUUUACUGGUACGAUGUGUCAUCGCCUUACGAACUAUUUUCCUUCUCUACUGCAGUGUUCUUCUUCAGUUGCUCUCUGUUCCUACUCUUCUUCACCACUAUCUUCAUUAUCGCAAAGAAGGAGGAGAUCUACCAUCAGCCUGAUAAGCUGGUGAACUACACUGCUCUCUUCAGUGAAGUCAAGAACAAGGUGGAGCCAGCUACUUAUUUCUCAGUGGUUUUCUUUGGCCGAAGACUUUUGUUUGGAUCUGGCCUGAUUUUGUUCUACACUGUUUCGCCAGCCCAGAUCUUGAUCACAUUUAGUACGACCGUCAUGAUGCUUUAUUACUUGGUCACAGUCAGACCGUAUAAAGAGGAGUUGUUGAAUAAGUUCUCGAUUUUUAAUGAAGCUUGAGUGGCAGUAUGUGCUCUAGCCUUAGUAGCGUUUGACCAAAUGAAGGAGGAUAUAGCACCCGAGCUUCAAGAGACUAGUGCACUUGCCGAUAAUGUUGGGUGGGGCAUGAUGGCAGUGAUUGGAAUAUGCCUCUUUGUCAAUUUUGUCUACCUCAUUCCUAUCAAAAUGUAUGAAACUUUUAUAAUUGGCAAAGGAGGUGUACUGUGGCUAAGGAAGGUCAUAAAGAAAGAUAAUAAGAUCAAGACUACUGCUCUUGGAUCUAAUAAGAAAAUGACUCCAGCAACAAAGAUUCAAACAGAAUCAAAGCUGAUCAGGGACACAGAAAACCAAUACAAUCCUGGUGUAAAUGAUACAAUGGAUAUAUUAAAGAAGAAAACUCAGGACCAGACUGGCUUUCUUUCUAACAUGUCUAUCGGAAUGAUCAGAAAUGAAGAGACUAAGUCACCUAGGAAUGAAAAUCCUCCAAGUCCAAAGGGCUUUAUGCACCCAUCUUCUCUUGAUUACAUUAAUAUCCAGAAUGACAAAAGCUUGAAAGGAAAAGAUAAUUCUUGAGAAGUAGUAAAACUUAAGGACACUUUAAGAGCACAGAUUGUGAAGAACAACUUUUCGAGAGCUGUUCAGAACUCACCCAUGAAUGCUUUCAGAAGAGCCACCCAGUCACCUGAGCAAAGAGAGAUCGCUUCAUUUGAAAGUCUGAGAACCCCAUCAAGAAGUAACUGGAUGUAUGGAAUAAGAGAUAAUGCUGAGCUGAGUAGCAUCGAAGUCGAACCUCUUACAGCUGAAAGGGAAGGCAGACCGAAAGCAAAUCAGGAUUAUAUGAAUAUCCCAAAGAUGGAUUUACACGAAAGAAUCAGAACGUCAAGAUGGACGUCCAAUCAUAAUUUUAAUAUUCAGGAAAACCUACGAAGAAAUGAUGAAAUUCUGAGUACUAGAAAUCAAAAUAAGAAACAGCAAUCAAGGAAGAGUCAUAUGAAAAAAUCACUUGAGUUCUAGCUAAGAC